CUGAUCAGGACUUGUUCUUUUGACUGUCGACUGAGAGGGGAACAAGUUUAUUUUGACGGAAAAGACUUAGUUGCGCGCAAACAAAGAACUUAUUAACACCAGCCUCAUCGAAUGACAAAAUUCAGCUACGGGAGCUAAGCUGUGCUAAAGUUGGCCCAAACAAACAUGGUUUACUUGUGUUUCUUUUGUAUCAUUUUGUCUUCGUUUCUUGUCUUAAUAGACUGCCAUGCACUACCAAGAGAUUGUCACGACAGAUUUCAAAACUGUGAAACGUGGAAGAGGUCUGGUUUUUGCAGCUUCAGGUCACAUGCAUUCUACUUGAGGAAUGGUUGUGCAAAGACCUGUGGCUUCUGUAAAAGUAACACUCUACUGAAUCCAAAUUUGCAUGCUGUUCAAGAUGCUCUUCGUGUCGUACACAAAGGCUCACAAAAACAGCAUAACGGAGCUGUUGUAACAGUCCCUAAAGUGAAUCCAGGAAAUUUGGUGGGAGUCCUUCAUCAUCAUAAACUUCCUACCACGCCACAGCUCCCCCAACAUCACAACACUCUUAAUGAGCCACAACAAGAAAAGCCCGAAUGCAGGGACAGAUUUGUGCCUCAGACGUGUCAGAAAUGGAAGGAUGCUGAUAUUUGCAUGGACGAUCGUUACAGGCAAUACUUGACUUACGGCUGUUCUAUGACAUGUCGCUUCUGCAAUUGCCGUGAUACUUACAGGGAAAACCCAUAUUGCAACGAAUGGAAAACCAGAGGAUUCUGCGAAACCUACAAAGAACAGUUGGAAACAUAUUGUCCCAAGACAUGUGGCUUUUGUAUCAACGCAGAAUACGUGGAGACUUCAACAACGCCUUCCCAGAAUGCAACUACACCUUCCCAGAAUUCCACAACCAAUCCAAAUAGUACAGCAGCUAGUGAGGCUAGUGACGCAGUACAGCCGACAAAAAAAUUCUCCGGUACUCAGCCAACUCAAUUUGCUGAGACAGGAAACAUAAAUUCCAAGAGAGAUUUGCCUAUGGUCCCGGAGAGGAACUCACCAUUGUGGUCAGUGAACGCAGACACACGGAUAUCCCUACCGCAGCCUCAACAGUAUGACGACAUGGAAGGAGGUGCUGUAAAGCGUCCUCUUGAGGACGGUACGUACUUCACUCCUGCUAAGACCAAUGACAAGUUUGAAUACUACACCGAGCACUAUUCCCCAGACCCCUAUGUGGCGGCUGCGCAGAGAGAGGAAUGGAUGAGCUCGAACGGUGUUUCCCCGUCACCAUCUCUUAGCCGGAAAUCAAAGAAACCGGAAGUAAAAGAAGAAAAGGAAGUCAUUAAGGUUCUGAAGAAAUCUAACAUAAAGGAUAAGAAGCGUGUGACACACAACAACCCGAAACAUUGAUGGAAACUAUGUUCCCUUUGAUUUACUAACUCUGUAGAAUCUUAAAAGCCAGGUAUUUAACACUGUGAUGAGUUGUUAGUGAAAUAACAUACGAUGAUACGCUCUUGUGGAGGAAAGAUAGCUCUUUUGGAAGAAACUCGAUUUCUGCCAACACUUUGUAGUUACUGAUCAACUGUAUGGCUGCUGUGCAAGCAAAUAUAGUGUAAUCUGUUGAUUGGAUGAAAGAUGCGUUGAUCAAAAUUCUUGUUUAUAAGCUGACGACCUUGCAAUAAAUGGACACCUUCCAAAAUUUAUGUGA